AUGAGGAUUGAGGAGGAAUCCCGUUCUAGAGAUAAGAACGUGGAAAAGUAUAAUGGAGAGACUUCUAAAGCCAAUGUGGUUGCCAAACCUCCCAACAACAACAAAGGCAAAGAAAUUGGGAAGCCUAAAGGCAAAGAUUGCAAACCCUUGGGACCUAAGAAGAAUGAAGGUCAAUUCAAGAGUCCCAAAGGACCUUGCUUUGUGUGUGGCGAAAAUGAUCACUUUGCAAGGGAUUGUAGGUUCAAGAAGAGCCACAAUAAUGAGCCAAAGGUUAACUUAACCGAGGAAGAGUUAGUGGUAACACUAAGUGAGAUUAAUUCUAUACAUGAAAAGUUUAACACUAAAAUCUAUAAACCAAAGACAAAACAAAAUACUAGAAAGAGAAGUGAUUCGAGUCAUGCAUGCAACCCCAAUAAGAGACGCAAUGGGCGUGUUCCGCUCCAACUGACAUGGAACUACACUUAUGAAGCAGCUGGGAAAGCCAACAACUUCGACAGGUUAAAUUCCUCUAAAACAGUGGCCAUUGUCCCUGUCAUUUUGUAUUCAGUAGCUAUGGUUCCAGAUGGAGAAUGUAAGUAA